AUGGUGUUAACUAAUGUUGGAGGAUCUCACAUAUCGUCACUUAAAAAUUUUCCUUUUGAUUUCUAUUAUAAUGUUGAUGAAUUAAGCAAAAAAUUUGCGCAAGUAAAAUUUAUUUUACAACAUGAAUUUCAAAAAUGGGCCGAAGAGCGAUACAAUAAAUCAGAUACCAUACAUGUGUCGCUUGAAAAUUCAGGGUCUAAUCCAAAUUAUACAAUUCAAUAUGACACCCCAUACGUUGAUAACCUUUUAAAAAAAUAUGGAAUGGAUAAAUUUAAUUUAAAAUUAAAUAAUUCAACAAUAUUUAAACGAAUAGGCAUUGGUACUAAUGGCAGAGAUCCGGUACAAGGUAGUGAAAAUAAUGAUCUAAAAAAAUUUUUAUCAAACGAAUUAGAAAGUAAUGUUGAAGUCAUGCUGAUAACACAGGAAGGAAUACGAGGUCCUAUAUUUGAAAGACUUACACCGAUGCCAUAUGCAAGUCAUAUAACCAAUGCAGCUUCAAAUAUUACAAACAAAUUAAAACCAUAUAUCGCAAUUCAUUGGCGUAUGGAAAAGGGUAAAUUAGAUCUUAUGUCAAAAUGCGCUGAAGGUCUUGUUACUUAUAUAAGAAAUUUUUCAUUAACAAGCGGAAUUACAAACAUUUAUUUGGCUACGGAUUAUCCACUUGCCGAAUAUGAGCAUAAUACGCCACAGUCAAAUACAUUUGAACAUAUACAUGAAGAACACCAUAUAGCAAUGAGAAUUUUAAAUUCUUCACUUAAUAUAAACACUUGGGAACUUAGAGGUAGUGGUAUCCAAGGAAUCUUUGAUAAAUUAAUUUUAACACGAGCCGAUUAUUUUAUAAGCGGUCCUGAAAAUUGUUGUAGAUACAAAAGUACUUAUACAACACAAGUUAAGGAAACAAGAGAGGAAUUAUUUAAAAAUAACGGAUCAAUUAAAAAUGUUAUUGAUUGGUGGGGACUAUACUAG